AUGUGUUCUUCGAAAAUGCAAAGCAACUUUCUGAAAGCACCAGAGUCAGACUGCUCUGCAGAAAAUUGGAUCCCCGUCUUUCGAAAAGUACCAAAGGCACGUGUUGCCAAGAGAUGUGACAGAAAUUGGUUCACCGAGACGGUGGACAUACUCAAGCAAUUGUUCGAUUUCAAGUCGUCAUUGUUUACCACGAGAUAUCAAUGUCUCAAGCUGGAGAAGAACCAUUCAGAAGACUUCCUCACGUAUACCGGUCGAGUGAAUGUCUCCCGCACUAGAGCUCAAACUGCUCCGCCAAGUCUCCGCUCAGACCUAAUCCGACAAUAUGAUAUCACAUUGACAUUGAGGGUAUUACGCACAAGCAAUCGAACGUAUGGAUCAAAUAAGACUAAAGACUACGACGAUUCCCCGGCAAAUCCAACGAUAAUAGCCUUGCCAUUAUCGUUUAUUCGAGCCGGAAAGGAGCUCGAUGAAGAUGAGGAAAUCAGUACCAUGCGUUCAAUUUCUGCCGCUGUCGUUCUGGUAUGGCCAAACGAGAUGCCAGCAGCUGUACACUUCAACCAUGCCAUGCACGCUCUUGAGCGUCAUCUGCAAUGUGGAAGAACAGCGUGCCGUAAAGAAGGUCUGCUCUGA